AUGCCUACUGAGAAAGACCCCAAGGAGAGGGCCUACAAAACAUUGCUUUCCGCGCGGAAUUUGACAGAGGUCAUCCGGGAGCCCCAGGAAUAUGUUAUCAAUAUUCUUCCUAAGAAACUGGCAAAGGAUGAGAUAGUGUCUGGGGAGCAUUAUACAGUGAAGGAGCUUCCCCUCUAUCAGGAAGCUAAAGAGGCUGACGCUGAAAGACGACGAAAGCUCCUGGAGGAUAGAGAUCAGAAAAAAACUGAAGGCACUAUCCGGAAGGCUCCCGGACAGAAGGGGGGGCCGGACCCUCCUUCAAAGAAAAUUCCAGGCAAGAGGGGGAAGCUAGUGAAGAAGCAUGGGAAGGAUGUGAAGGAACCCACUCCUCCCAAGGAGUUCCCUCCUCCCCAAACUACCUAUGAGGGGGAAGUAAUGAUAGAGGAGCCAGUAAAUGCUGCUCCGCACUCUAUCUCAAGCGGCCCCGGACGCAUGUCGGGGUUGAAUCACUCAGGUCCUUCCUUGGUCGCAGCUGCGCGUCUGGCUAACGUGGCUGAGGAAGCUGCAUCCAUCAACCGUCCGGGCAACCUUAAUCCGGAUGCUGAUGCAGCUGAAACGGCCCCGUUGGAGGAAGCGGGAGCAGAAAGCCAAAGUCAGCCUUCCGACGACCCGGAUCGCCUGGCUAUAGUCCUGGUGAAAGGGUCUCCCCUCAAGAAGCUGCGUUUGACGCGCGAUCUACAGUCCGGACUCUUUGAGCGGCUUCAAGAGCGGCAGCAAGAGAUUGAAAUUAGCUGCGCUUCUGCCCAUGACGCUCAUCCGGAUGGAGGCGAGGUGGAGAUGGCUACUGAGACCUCAGCCGCUCCGGCAAUAAUUCCGGCUGAGGAUGCAUCCGGACCUAUGUGCCCGGACGAAAAUAUGGGGGCUCCGAUUCCGGGACACGAGCUACCCUCUCCUUCCUCAUCCGAGGAGGAAUCUGCUGAUGAUGCCGCUCCCGCUAGCCCUUUCAGCUACGCGGAGUUGGAAGCUAAGUUAAAGCAGAUUACUCCUGACUGGAAAGCCAUCAAGCCCUCUGCUAAGAUGUUUGAUAUGAUAGAAACGCUGGUGAGGGGCCUCCGCAGCAUGUCUCAACAACACGCUCUUUUUACUCAGCUGCUGCAGACUGCAGACUAUAUGAGGACCUUCUCCUCUCGGCACCAAGAGAUUGAAAAUCAACUGCGUCUGAGAAUGGAGGAGGCUGAGGCCAGUCUAUCCACCAUGCGAGAGGAAAAUGAAGCCCUCCGGGUGGAGUUGGCUGAGGCAAAGGGUCGAGAAGAAUCAAUUGCGGGCCGCCUUCAUGAGGCGGAGGGUGAGGCAGCCCGGCUAAGGGAUGAAUUGAGUCGACUCCGGACAGAAGUUUUGAAUGAAAAGAAACAGAAGGAAGACUUGCAGCUGCGUCUGGAUGUGCAAAAAGAGGAACUUGAACGGGAGUUUGCUGUGGAAAGGGAGGAACUUGCAGCGGAUUACCAGAAACAAGUGGAUGAUACAUUUAUAUUUGGGUAUCGCUGCUGCAUGAAGAAGAACGGUAUAAAGCGAGAUACCCCUUCAAUUCCUCCAAGUGAAGAAAAGAAGCUCCAUGAGAAACCUGCUCCCUGAUAGUUUAUCUCUUCUUGCAAUUUUUCUGCUGUAAUUUUUCCUUCUGUAUAUUUUUGUGGUCCGGAUGUCUCUUUGUAAUUACAUUUACUCAUAUCAAUAAAACUUACUUCUUUCUCA